CUCGAGUUAGCAGAGCACAACACUCUUAUUUACUAGCAUCAUCGCCUUUGCCCCUCCGUUCCAAUUUCGAAUUCAAAUUCCUUAACCCUCCUCCGUUCCCACCGCUGCCGCCUUCCUUCCUUCCUCCUCCUUCUGCAUCUAGCUUCCCAUCAAGUUACAGUACACCACUGUUCUUCUCGAUCCUCCUCCUCCUCCUCCUCCAAACUUCCUCCCCGAAAACCCUAACCGUCGCGCCAUCCAAUGACAGGUGUCGUCCCGCCGCCGGGAUCCGGCCGUGACCUCUCGAACCCACCUGCCGACGGUAUCUCUAAUCUCCGCUUCUCCAACCACAGUGACCACCUCCUCGUCUCCUCCUGGGACAAGAGCGUGAGGCUGUACGAUGCGAGUUCCAAUGUCUUGCGAGGAGAGUUCUCCCACGGUGGAGCCGUGCUUGAUUGCUGCUUCCACGACGACUCCUCUGGGUUUAGUGCUAGCGCCGACAAUCUAGUUCGCAGACUUGUUUUUAAUCAAGGAAAGGAAGAUGUUUUGGGGAAGCAUGAAGCACCAGUCCGUUGCAUAGAGUAUUCUUAUGCAUCAGGGCAAGUGAUUACUGGUAGCUGGGACAAAACAGUGAAGUGUUGGGAUCCCAGGGGAGCAAGUGGAAAAGAGCGCACUCUCAUCGGCUCGUAUGCACAGCCUGAAAGGGUUUACUCUCUAUCUCUUGUUGGAAACCGUGUAGUGGUAGCCACAGCAGGUAGACAUGUAAAUGUCUAUGAUUUGAGAAAUAUGUCUCAACCAGAGCAGCGAAGGGAAUCUUCAUUGAAAUAUCAAACACGAUGUGUGCGCUGCUACCCCAAUGGCACAGGAUAUGCUCUUAGUUCUGUAGAAGGGCGUGUAGCAAUGGAGUUCUUUGAUCUUUCAGAGGCAGCUCAAGCUAAAAAAUAUGCAUUCAAGUGCCAUCGGAAAUCUGAGGCUGGAAAGGACAUUGUAUAUCCUGUAAAUGCCAUUGCUUUUCAUCCUGUCUACGGUACAUUUGCAACUGGAGGCUGCGAUGGUUUUGUGAACGUCUGGGACGGUAACAACAAGAAGAGGCUGUAUCAGUACUCAAAGUACCCGUCGAGCAUUGCUGCACUUUCGUUCAGCAGAGAUGGCCGCCUAUUAGCUGUGGCAUCAAGCUACACAUUUGAAGAGGGAGAGAAACCCCACGAGCCAGAUUCGAUAUUUGUCCGCAGUGUGAAUGAAGUCGAAGUAAAGCCUAAGCCGAAGGUCUAUCCAAACCCUCCUGCAUGAGAAGAAAUUGUAUGACAAGGAUUGCUGUGUAGUAGUAUUAGUAGAAUUAGCAGUAUAAUGUGUUCUUCGCAUGAGCGCUUCAUUUACUCCUUGUGAAGCUGCCGGAGCUAAACAAGUCGCAUAACUGAAGCAGGUUAAUUUGUGAAUUACUUCAUGAAUCUUUUCCAGUGGUUUCCGUGCUGUGACAGUAAAAGUGUAUCGUUUGCCCUAAUCUUGAUGGUCACGUAAACAGUAUUCUAGUAUUCUUUUGAUCCCUCUCAUGGUUUACAACUUCUAAAUCGUAAUGGACUGGAAUGACAUGGUGAGCAAGGCUGUCUUAACAAAGGUUCUUUUCACUU